AUGAGUCAGCUAGUGGUAGAUUUGAAACACCUGAAAACAUUAGCAAAGAGGUACGAAAUCACUGAUGGUAUUGAUGAUGGAGACGAGAAGAAGCACAACCGUAUUCAAUCAUCUAAAAGAUUUAGAAUGGUCGUUCAGUUAGUAGACUUCUUGUUCUGUGAGCGUAAUAAAGAACGCACUGACGGCCUUUUCUGUAAGAUGGUGGUAAGGAACCUUUGCUGUUCUGGUGUAAUAAAUGGUGGAGAAGAGAUGAGUCUAUAUAUGAGCGAGCGAUUGUUUUCGGCUCAUAAAGACGAUCCCAUGUUAAUAAAUGGACAGAUCCUUGACAUUCGAAUUGGAUUAUGGUACGGAACGUACCAAAGCCCGCCAAUCUUUGAAACUAUCGACUUCAAGAUUUUAUCUCAGAGUGAUGUUUGCGAGUUUUGUGAAUUUAUCAGAUCACCAAUCGGUGAAACUUUUCUAAACAUUUCUAAUUCGUAG